AUGGCGCCCUCGGAGAGUCUGUUCCGCAGUCAGCACAUGACGCUGACGCAGCUCUACGUCCCCAAUGAGGUCGCCCGCUCCGUCGUAUCUGGUCUGGGCGAGCUGGGCCAGAUGCAGUUCCGCGAUUUGAACCCGGACACCACGGCCUUCCAGCGCACCUUCACCCAGGAGAUUCGCCGCCUAGACAAUGUCGAACGCCAGCUUAACUACUUCCGGGCGCAGAUCGAAAAGGGUGGCAUCGAAAUGCGAUCCAUCUACGAGUUCAGCAACACUAUGGCCGCUCCAUCGGCGUCCGAGAUUGAUGAGCUGGCAGACCGGAGUCAAAGCCUGGAGCAGCGUAUCCAGAGCCUCAACGAGAGCUACGAGACUUUAAAGAAGCGUGAGACGGAGUUGACGGAAUGGCGCUGGGUACUGCGUGAGGCGGGCGGGUUCUUCGACCGCGCCCGCGGUCAGACGGAGGACAUUCGCCAGUCGGUUGAUUCGAGCGAUGACGCCCCUCUGCUGCGUGAUGUGGAGGGCGGCAACAGCAACAACAACAAUGAUGGUGCUCAACAGAGCUUCAGCGUGAUGAACAUCGGCUUCGUGGCCGGUGUCAUUCCCCGCGAACGCAUGGCCGCUUUUGAGCGCAUCCUGUGGCGUACGCUUCGCGGCAAUCUCUACAUGAACCAGUCAGAGAUUCCAGACCCCAUCAUCGAUGCCGAAAAGGGCGAAGAAACUCACAAGAAUGUGUUUGUUAUCUUCGCGCACGGCAAGGAGAUCAUCGCAAAGAUCAGGAAAAUCUCAGAGAGCCUGGGUGCGGACAUCUACAACGUAGACGAGAACAGCGAGCUGCGUCGGGACCAGAUCCAUGAGGUCAACAGCCGUCUACAGGAUCUCGGCAACGUGCUCGGAAAUACGAAGCGCACUCUCGAUGCUGAACUCACUCAGAUCGGCCGCUCUCUAGCCGCAUGGAUGAUCGUGAUCAAGAAAGAGAAGAGCGUUUACCAAACACUCAAUCGCUUCUCCUACGACCCAGCUCGCAAGACGCUCGUUGCUGAGGCUUGGUGUCCCACCAGCUCCCUUGGGCUCAUCAAGUCGACCCUCCAAGACGUCAACGAUAGAGCCGGCCUCUCCGUCCCAACCAUUGUAAACCAGAUCAAGACUUCCAAGACACCUCCAACCUACAACAAAACUAACAAGUUCACGCUCGGCUUCCAAACCAUCAUCGAUGCAUAUGGUACCGCCAAGUACACCGAAGUCAACCCUGGACUCCCUACCAUCGUUACCUUUCCUUUCUUGUUCGCCGUCAUGUUUGGUGACUUUGGCCACGGCAUAAUCAUGACAUGUGCCGCCGCCGCUAUGAUCUACUUCGAAAAGCCACUACAGCGUGGCAAGCAGGACGAAUUGUUCGGCAUGGCAUUUUACGGACGAUACAUCAUGCUCAUGAUGGGAAUCUUCUCCAUGUACACUGGCCUCAUCUAUUGCGACGUCUUCUCCAAGGAGAUCCCACUUGCUAGCAGUAUGUGGGAAUGGGACUUCCCGGAAAACUAUACCAAAGGCACGGUCAAGGCCACCCGCGUUGAAGGCUACACCUACCCAUUCGGGUUGGAUUGGAGAUGGCACGACACGGACAACGAUCUGCUGUUCAGCAACAGUUACAAGAUGAAACUUUCCAUCAUCAUGGGCUGGGCACACAUGACCUAUUCGCUCUGCCUAUCAUACAUCAACGCACGCCACUUCAAGUCCAACAUUGACAUCUGGGGUAAUUUCAUCCCCGGCAUGAUUUUCUUCCAGGGAAUCUUCGGCUAUCUUGUCUUUACAAUCAUCUUCAAGUGGUGUGUUGACUGGUACGCUAUCAACGAACAACCCCCCAACCUUUUGAACAUGCUCAUCUACAUGUUCCUCUCCCCGGRAACUGUCGGCGAUGGCGAGAAGCUAUAUAAUGGACAAGCGGGAGUACAGGUUGUGUUGCUGCUCGCCGCAGUUUCGAUGGUCCCUAUCAUGCUGUUCUUGAAGCCCUUUUACCUUCGUUAUGAACACAACAAGGCUCGUGCUCAGGGAUAUCGUGGCAUUGGCGAGACGACUACUGUCACCGCUCUUGACGAUGAUGACGAUGAGGACAACCACGCCAAUGGCAAUGGUGUUGCGGGUCGUCCAAGCUUCGCCGACAGCGAGAUGGAUGGCGCCGUAAUUACGCAGGACAUCGGUGGUGGCGAUGAUCACGAGGAGUUCGAAUUCAGCGAAGUCAUGAUCCACCAGGUCAUCCACACCAUUGAAUUCUGUCUCAACUGUGUCUCCCACACUGCAUCUUACCUCCGUCUCUGGGCUUUGUCGCUUGCUCACCAGCAGCUUUCGAUUGUGCUCUGGAAAAUGACUCUAGCCAACGCCUUUGCGAUGGAGGGCGCCGUUGGUGUCAUCGUCAUCUUCAUUGCAUUUGGUCUCUGGUUCGCUCUCACAAUCGCCGUCCUUGUUGUCAUGGAGGGCACCAGUGCCAUGUUGCAUUCGCUGCGUUUGCACUGGGUCGAAGCGAUGAGUAAGCAUUUUGUUGGCGAGGGAGUCGCAUUUGAGCCUUUUAGCUUUGAAGCGAUGUUGGAAGAAGACAUGACGGAGCUGAAAUGA